UGUGAUCGUGCUCAGUCGCCCAAAAUUUCAUUGCAAAGGCCUCGCCAGGCAUUUAAAUUUCGCCACUUUAAUAGUUUAUGAAAUAGUAACAAAAGUUCCAAGUGGACUCAAGCCAUGUCUGCAGAUGAAGCCAAGAACAAGAAAGAGGAAGUGACGAUGGUGGACGUUCUUCAGGAGGAGGAAGAACUGGAGCAAGAUGCAAACGCCGUGCUGGGGGGCUCUGAUGAUCAACAUUGCACCUACUCAGCUGGAUAUGUUCCUCGCCAGGCCCUGUACCUGUGCACAACUUGUAUCAUCACACAGGGAGAGGAAGCGACCUCGGCUGGAAUUUGCCUCGCAUGCUCCUACAAAUGCCAUGAGGGCCACGACCUUGUGGAGCUAUACACCAAAAGAAAUUUCCGCUGUGAUUGUGGCAACUCCAAAUUUGAGCAAAAAUGCCGUCUUGAGCCUGAGAAGGACAAGAUGAAUGAAAAAAAUGGAUAUAAUCAAAACUUCAAGGGUGUUUACUGCACAUGUGCUAGACCUUACCCAGACCCUGAGGAUGAGGUUGAAGAUGAAAUGAUCCAGUGCAUUAUCUGCGAAGAUUGGUACCACACAAGGCAUUUGGGGGACGUGGAAAUCCCAUCAGAGUUUGCCGAGAUGAUCUGUGGAUCUUGUAUGGGCAAGACGCCAUUCCUUUCUUACUACGCUAACAAUAAAACAGAGGUGGUUGAAGACUGUCCUCUGAAAUCUGCUGAAAUUCCUGAAAGUAAGGUUGAAACAACAUUCUGGUCUGAAGAUUGGAGGACCCGUUUGUGCAAAUGUGGAGACUGCAAAGCGAAAUACUUGGAAUUGAACGUGGAGUUCCUCUGCAACAUUUCUGACAUGGUGCAGGAAUAUGAAAAGCAAGGGUUGGAUCAGCCUACUCAGUAUGAGCAAGGUCUUCAAGCUCUUGGAAACAUGGACAGGACGCAGCAGAUUGAAGUUCUUACUGAGUACAGCCAGAUGAAGGAUGAGUUGAAAUCCUAUUUGGCCAAGUUUGCUGAAGAAAAGAAAGUUGUCACAGAGGAAGACAUCAAGGAGUUCUUUGAGGGCCUGAAAGCAAAGAAAAGGAGGCGAAUGGAGGGACCAGAUCUUGUUUUUUAAAUCAUGCCACAAUAUUCAACAUUCCUUAAACCAUUAUGAUGGCAUUUUUUCAUGAUUUUGUAGAAGUACUUAAAAAAAUUAAAUAUUCAUAAUUCCUGAUUACUGUAUAGAAAAA